AAACACCCCUUUGCCACCAUGAAGUUCGCCAUUGUGUUUGCCACCGUUUUGGCCGUUGCCCUUGCUGCGCCCGCCGACGAACGGGACGCCCAGGUGCUGAAGUACGAGAACGAUAACCUGGGAGUGGAUGGAUACAACUUCCAGUACGAGACCAGCAACAACAUUAACCGUGCCGAGACGGCCGAACUGAAGAGCUUCGGAGAUGACGUGUCGGCCCUCGUCGUCCGUGGAUCGUACUCGUACACCGGUCCAGACGGACAGGUCUACACCGUGAACUACGUCGCCGACGAGAACGGAUUCCAGCCGGAGGCUCCCCAUAUCCCGCGUCUGUAAAGCGGCAGGGAAUAAGGACCCGUAUCCAUCCCUAGUUUCCCUCUACUUCUCAUCUCUGCUAGCAUGUUAGGUUAAUGAAACAUUCUUCGACCAAUUCUACCCACUUCACCAAUAAAAGCUGUGACCUGAUUAUGUUUUUUUAAAAACCAAAACA